UCAUGCGUUCAUCAUGCGUGGCAGCGAAUUCUGUUACAGCAGCGGCUGAUUAGUUGGGCUAUCAUUCCUGUCAGAAAGUACAUUCACAGAAAGGUCGUCCCUAUUCCAGAUAGGAACAGGAAGCUAGGAACGUUUCUAUUCCAAUCUAUGCCAAAAAGAGCUUUCGAGAGGAGAGGGGACUCUGUUCGCGGGGGAGAGAACAUUAAUUGUACCUACUACCUAGUUCGGACCAUCCGAUGGACACUGGAAUCUGGAGAUUCUGGACACAUGAGCGCAUCUUUAACGUAAAUGUCAAGCAAAGGCGGGUCCCUUCGUUGCCGAAACCGCUCACUGGGAGUUGACUACGUACGCACCGCUGUUUACUUAUCGAAAUUGAAAAAUUCCAUACUGGUAAAACUGCAAAACCCCAAAGCUCCUGUCUUGGAUUUCCCUGAGUCUUUGAGUUCUACUCUUGGAUGCAGAAAAGUUCAAAUAUUGUAUUGUAACAAUUCUGAAGACUGGUGUGUUUAGCGAUUUUAGCCAUCAUAGAGUGGGUUGCAGUUAUUCGCAGUGACUUCGAUACCGUGCAUUUUGAUCCCUUUAUUAUGACGCUGAAGAACACGUGUGUGGGCGCUGCACGCCGUAAUCCACCACGGAAAGCAGUUUGCAGUUCGAAACAAACUACACUAACCGAUGUUUUCCAUCGCCAGUCAGCCCGAUGCAUUGCUUCCGAUUUUAUUGCCGAUCCUGAAGCACCAGAGGCAGUAACCCUUGAAGAGGAUCACAAUGGUGAACUCGUGGCUGCAUCGGAACAAGCUACGGUGGAUCCCGUUGGAGCGCUGGAGAAAUCAUCAUCAGCCCUUCCUUCCUCUGGUCUUCGCAAACCAUCGCCUUUCAAGGUUGCCGUCCGAAAACAUGCCGUACAAAAUUUGAAAGCGCCACCCAACACCCCGUCCAAGAAAGAUGUCCUGGCGAGUGCACCAACACCACGAACGCCCAUUAAGGCAGCAGCGAUGACACGUGGCCACCUAAUUAUUUCUCCCGAGAUCGCUCCAGCUGUUCCGAAAAUCGGACGACGACCUUUGACCGGCACGGCAACGAUUAGGGGCAGUCAGACGCUGCGACUCAAAAGUGAACGUGUCAAGGCCAGUCUGGAGUUGUGUGUGCGCCGGAAAGAAGAAAUGACGAAGAUUGUUCACAUGAUUGUUAACGGUCUUGAGGAUCCCGGUGUCGAGUCGCGAAUUUUCGAAGGAAAAGGCCGAGGACUGGUGGCGCGCCGCAUUUUUGAGGAGAACGAUUUUGUGGUGGAAUAUGCUGGGGAUUUGGUCGACAUUCACCGAGCUAAGAAUUUAGAGGAGGAAUAUGCCAAAGAGCCUACUAAAUACGGUUGCUACAUGUAUUAUUUUUCGCAUAAAGGGAAAAAAUUAUGUGUGGAUGCGACGGCUGAGACUGAGCGUCUGGGCCGUCUACUGAACCACUCGUGCCGCCACGCUAAUCUGCGACCGGAAGUAAUGGAGAUUCCAAUUUCUAAGCAGAAGAUCCAUCUAAUUUUGCGUGCCACGCGUAAAAUCGCGAUAGACGAAGAGUUAUUGUAUGAUUAUGGUGACCGCGAUCCAAAGAGUUUGGCGGCGUUCCCAUGGCUCAAGCAGUAACAGUCAUGCCAUGUCACUUGUAUCAACUUUUUUGAAGUAUUCUGUUGCGGUAUUAGCGCAAGCUGUUGUUAAUUGUUAUUCGAUCCGUUGUUUCCUGUUUUUCAUCAUUCGUGCGCCUGUGUUCGCCGAUUUUUGCCAGCUUACAUUUUUCUGUACUUACUUUUUUAUCCUUAAGUAGUAUGCCUGAUAUUCAAAGUGUACGCCUCAUAU